UAUGUCGUCAUUUCCUCCUUUCUCGAAAUCACCAUCAGUUAACAUGUCGCUCGCUAAAGGUGUCUACAAUUUGCUCUUCAGGAGAACAUCUACUUUUGCCGUUACCAUCAUGGUCGGAGCAGUGUUUUUUGAACGAAUGUUUGACCAGGGAGGCGAUGCAAUAUUCGAGCAAUUGAAUCGGGGGAAACUAUGGAAACACAUCAAACACCAAUACGAAACAGAGGAGGAAUAGAAGUGGCCUGGCGAUGUUCCGGUGGAAAAGAAGCUAACGCCACUCUAGUGUUCUAUUCCCCGGACUCGGUCUUCAUUGACCAUCAGCUGCAUGGACAUUGAUCUGUCACGACGAGGCUGACUACUGGCUACCAGGAACCUCAUGGGCGUUAGACUUGUCAGAACUCAGAAAAUCAUGGAAGUGUUUCCUAUCAAUUGUUAUUGUCAUGCCCUCCUGUUCCUCACAAUUUGUAAAUGUACUGAUAAGUUAAAACUGUUAAUAAACUCAACAUAAACCUUCA